AUGACGAAUCAUGCUUCAUCCUCUUUUCAUUCUCAAUUCAUUUAUUGUUCUGAUUUUGAUGAUACCUCAAUUUGGGAUGAGAUGAAUCUAACUCCUCUCUAUGAUUUUGAGAAUGAGUUUCAUGAACUCAAUCAACCAACUAAUAGAGCUGAGGCUGUUGCUGAAAUUGAACCUUCAAGGGAGUAUGAGGAAUGCACUUUGGCUCCAGUAGGUGAAGCUUCAAGAUCCUCGAGCGAUGAACACAUUCGCAGCUUUGGCCAAGAAUUUGAUUCUAUCUGGAAUUUCAAGGAUGAGGUACCAGAAGUAAAAGAAAUCAAUGAGGUUGCAACUGAGGAAAUUAUAGAAAAAGCAUCCAACCCAGUCAUAACCAUUGUGGAUAAGAAGAGCACCUCUGAAAAAUCUUGGAGCAUUGAAAUGAUUUCAAAAUUCUUCCACUUACCAGUUGUCCAGGCGGCAAGGGAAUUACACAUAGGAAAAGACAAGCUGAAGAAAAUAUGCACCGAGUUGGGAAUCAAUCAAUGGCCACAUAGGAAAUUACAGUACAUGGAUCGACUGUUGAGCAAGUUUAAGAAAGAUUUUGACCAAGGGGAGAAGGUGAUUGAGCUAGAACACGAAAGUGAGCAGAUGUUAGCAAACCCCAACAAUGAGUUAGGCUUAGAAACUCAAACACUGGGGGAAUCUUCUUCUAAAAAGAAAAGAUAUCAACAAUUGAUAAAUCAUGCUCACUCUACUUCCUUUGCCAAUUCAUCUCGUGUUCCGUGGGAAGAUGAAAUGUUUUAA